UAUAAUCUCGCGGAUGCUGCACUUUGGAAGCAGUUGAUAAUCUUGUUCCAACACUUCAGUAAUAAUCUUUAACACGAGGUUCCAAUCAUGUUAAGAAAUACGGGAAAGCUUGCUGGUAAAACUUUAUUGAUAACUGGAGCAUCCAGGGGGAUUGGUGAAAGCAUAGCCUUGAAAGCUGCUCGAGAUGGAGCUAACAUUGUAAUAUGCGCCAAAACGGCUGAGCCCCAUCCGAAAUUACCAGGCACGAUCCACACAGUAGCAAAAGAAGUGGAAAAAGUUGGAGGGAGAGCCUUGGCAUGCAUAGUUGAUGUGCGAGAUGAAACUCAAGUAAAUGCUGCUGUAUCCGAAGCAGUCAAAAAAUUCGGAGGAAUUGACAUUCUCGUGAAUAACGCCAGUGCCAUUUCCAUAACACCGACCCUUUCGACAGACCUAAAACGUUAUGAUCUGAUGAAUCAGGUGAACGUUAGAGGAACAUUCAUCGUGUCAAAAGCUUGUUUACCUCAUCUCCUGAAAAGUAAAAACCCUCACAUUCUAAAUCUAAGUCCUCCAUUGAAUUUGAACCCCAUCUGGUUCAAAGAUCAUCUCGCGUAUACCAUCUCCAAAUAUGGAAUGUCACUCUGUGUUUUGGGAAUGGCAGAGGAGUUCAAGGACAAGGGAGUAGCCGUCAAUGCUCUUUGGCCACGAACUGUCAUUCAAACUGCUGCCCUUGAUAUGUUAACCAAUGGGCAGGGAAGAAAUUACAGCAGAAAGCAAGAUAUAGUGGCUGAUGCUGCUUAUGCUAUUGUCACAAAGGAUAGUAAAACAUUGACUGGACAAUUUUUGGUGGAUGAGGAUGUAGUGAAGAAUGAGGGAAUCACUGAUCUCACACCUUAUGCCUGGAAUCCAGAAUAUAAAGAUAAGCUAGCGAUAGACGGCUUUCUGGACACUCCUGAGGGAUCGCAAUUCCAUCCGGUGAUUCACAAGAAAUAACCAUUAUAAUGGUGCCAAUCACGAUAUAACUAAUACAGAUACAAAAUAUUGUAUGCAAUGACCGUAUAAAACUUGAAUGAUAAAAUGUUAUAUUUUUUUAAAUUUCAAUAAAAAAUUUCAUUGCUGAAGAAAAAUCAA